UCACUACUAUUCUUAUUUCUGGAAUUUAAACAAAUUACAGAAUCUGUACAUAAAGUGAAAAAGAUUAUAAUAGAGAAAAGAAGGUUUUAUGAUUUCUUAUAAUUUCAUAAUAAAAGCCACUACAGCUGGUUCAAUCCUUUCCUUGUGAAUAAUGGAUUUUACCUAUUUGGUACCAUUUAUACUAAGUACCACUUAAAGAACCAUUAAUUGCUAACUUAUGACAACCAAGGUUUCUCUUCCAAUCAUCUUCAACCUUUGAGGGACCUUCGCACGUUUCCUCGUAACUGAACCCAACCAAAAAGAUAGACUAAGUGCAGGCACACACACGCCUUGACCCAGAAACCCACUUUAAAACGGAACCCAAACGAUCGUAGGAACCCAAAGACCUAGCCAAAUGGCCAACUCUCCUUAGUGUAGGGUGCUCGUGAAAAUCGACCGAAAACUUUGAGGAAAAACUUUUCGAAUUUAAGAGCCGUGCGCCGAUCGUCGUUUACCGGACUCUCUCCGGUGAGAGAAUAUUUUGAGUUCUAUUUUCGAAAGUACGUUUUCGAAACUCAGAGAGUGAAAGAGCGAGCCAGAUUCUAGGUUGUUGUUCGUGUAGGUAAUGUGAAAGUUCAUUGUUUCAUUGAGGAAAAAUGGUGAAAAGUCAAAUUAUCUAACAGUGGCGAGAUGCUGUGCGGAUGGUAGACGAAGAACAUUUCGGAGAUUUUGAAAAUUUCGAGCUCGAAAAUUCGGAAAUUUCGAAAUGGGAGCAGAUCGGCGUGCGCCCGGAAUAUCUACACUCAGUGGUCUCUGCGGAGGUUUCACGUUUGAACGUCUCUCGAACGAACAUAGACGAUUUCCACGGAAAAGCGCAAUGUGAAAGCCAAAAAAGACUAGAAAUAGCCUGGCGUGACGUCCCACACAGACGACAGACAGCAAAACGAUUAGCACCGUCAGUAGCGGACUAUAGCGAACCGAGAGAGGAUCUUACGCCCCGAUCUAACUGAUCUAACUGAUCUUAAAGUGUUUAGCCUAAGAAGUGUUACGAAAAUGCCAACAUUCCAUUGCUAAAACCAUUGCUAAAAAAUACAAAAAAAAUAAAAUAAAGAUAUAUCGAAAGAGAGAGAACAUAGAUUCCUGACAGCAGGUGGUUGUGUCGCGCGAGUGUCUCAAGUGUUAAGCUCAAGGAUGUGUUUCUAACCAAUCCCUCGACGCCGAUCAUCGAGCCGUGUCGAUUGAAUCCGAGAAGUAUCCGAGAGGACUGCACCACCGGGUGGUUUAAGUGGUUCGCGGGGACCAUGCCGGUCAUUGCCGACGCCGCCAGCGAUGAGCCACCAGCAAAAUGUUGCAAACAUUGUGAGGAGUCUACGCAAAGCGUGGACGGAGGACCUGCAUCGUGGCGUUUAACGCUCGAUCAGGAUCUAAUUGACACGCUCAAGGGCAACUUUCCCAGCUGGUUCCAGGGCUCAGCCGGCGUAGGAGGAGGAGGAGCCAGCAAGCAACAGCAACAGCAUAAUCAUAAUCAUCAGCUGGCCCAGCAGAAGCAUCACCAACUGGUGGCCACCAGUGUCAUACCCAUAACCAUUGACACCAAGCUCGCCGCCAGCAAUACGAAUACACUCCAGCAACAUCAGCAGCAGGCGGUCAUUCUGGGUCACAGUUCGUCGUCGGCCUCGCCAGCAUCCUCUGUCAGUUCCAACUCCUCGAAGAAGUCCAUCAGCAGCAGCCUGAGCAGCUGCAGCAGCAGCAGUAGCAAUAGCAGCAGCUGCAGCGGUUCCCAUUGCAACUCCAACUCCAGUUCCGGUGGUUCCAAGGGAGCCGGUUCAGCGACGGCGAGCAGGUUCCUCAACAAAUCCACCUCGACGUCGCCCACUAAGAGCCUCUCGAGGACUCUUAAGGCCACCCAGAAGACAAACGGCAACCAGAAAGUUGGCCAGCUGGUCAAGUCCGCCUCCCUGCAUAGCUUGAGCAGCGGUAGUAGCGGCAGUAGCGGGAGCAGCAGCGGGAACAGUGCCAGCGGCAGCUCCUCGCUGCUGGCCACCAUCUCCACAUCGCCACUGACCACCGUCGAGCUCAUCUCGAGCGCUGCCUGCAGUGGCCUCCUGGCCACCAGGCUCAGCGGCAAGGACUUGGAGCACACCUUUCAGGAUAUAAUAUUGUUGCACGAGGCCUACGACGACAUGUCGGAGGGUGAGCAGCGUUUGCAUGCGACGUUUCUGGGCAGCAGCGAUGAUGGUAACAACUCGGAUUGUUACGACGCCAGACAGUCACCGCCAAAGGCCAUCGUGGAUUCCAGUCCGCUACAGCCGGCCAUGGACAAGAACAAAGAAUCGCUGAAAGUGAAGCUUAUGGUGCGACGUCCACACUCGCAACUCGUCCAGCAGGGCAUCAUACCAUCUCUGAAAACCUCGCCCGCUAUCCACGAACAAUGCAAGCAACUGGAGCGCGCCAAGACCAGCGAUCUGCUGAAGGCCAAGAUCCAGCAGCGGCCGAAUCGCGAAGAUCUCGAAAGGCUUCACAUUCUGGAGGAAGACGAGUGCCACAUCGAUCCCAGUUUGGCGGAGAAGCAGCGAAUGCUGAAGAAGGCCCGCCUGGCGGACCAGCUGAACUCACAGAUCCAACAUCGUCCCGGUCCCUUGGAGCUGAUCAAGAAGAACAUUCUGCACACGGAGAAGCCCAUCGAGAAGAUCGUCAAAGAGGGACUCGUCUCCUUUAAGGCAACCAGCGAAGGCUUGCUGACAAGACCUCAGCAUCCGCACAGUUAUAUGACCUUCGAUGAGGAUUCCUUGAGUUCCGAGAGUGAUACACGGCAGACACCGCCGCGUUUGGACGAGGCGAUGGCAGUCACUUCCAGUUCACCCACCGAUGUGCUGCAGGCGGCGGCUGCCUCUGCGGGAAUAGUGACCAUGGCCUUGACCAUGCCUACAGCUGGUCAACUGGUGGUCACCUCGCCGCAGAUUAUACCGCAGCACCCCAAGGCUAUGGUGGUGCCGGCACCAGUGCCACCACCUCCGCCACCACCACCACCGCUUCCCAUGGCUAGUUUCAUAAAGGUGAAGCAGGAGACGGCAAAUCUGUUCGAGGAACUGUGUCAGAGUGUAACGGGAACCACUGCGAGUCCGGUCAACCAUCAGUACCUGCCCAUGUUGGCAUCGCCUUGCUCCCUGGCCUCGAGUACUUCUACACUGAGUCCAUUGUCUUCCAUCGCCUCACCGCCACCACCGUCAAUGACCACCGCACGUCUGCACCUGCAGCCCGUAUCCGUGAAAUCCGAUGCUCCCGGAAAGGAUAAGAACAGGAAGAAAUCCAAGUCCAAGCCAGUGUCCAAGGCUCGCACCAUCAAAUUCCACGAGUACAAGGGUCCACCCAGUGCCGCUGGCCAAAAGCAGGAUCAAACGCAGCCGGAGGAGACAUCCUACCAGCUUAUGUUGGAGCAGCAGAACUGCCUGCUGAAGUUCCUGGAGAACCUCAACAAGAAUCAGUCCAUCAUCCCAGCGCCCAGUGCGCCGGGUGUUAUGAUUCCAACAGCUCCUGGUGCUACCAACAAUAGCAUCACGGUGACCACGAAGACGGUGCCCGCAUUGGCCUCGCAAUCUGCUCCAGCUCCAGCUCCCAUCAGCCUGCCGAACACCAUUUCUAUAACGAGCAGCUCGGGAGGAGCCCCGCUGAAUUUUGGGGAUGCCGCUAUGCUGACGCCCACUCCGGCGGCCGCACCUACGCCGCCCACUCUUUCGCUGAUUGCUACACCACAGCAACAGUUGCAGAUGCAUCAGCAACAACAACAACAACAACAACAGCUACAUCAACCAACUGUCGUGCAGCAUCCGCCACCACUGCCCUCGCCGGCGCUUUCGGUCAGUUCUUCGAUUCCGCCCAGUCCGGCCACCAGUUAUGCCGAAUCCACCACCAGUUCAAUCACAGAUUUAACCCGGUUGGAGAAGAUGAAGGUCUCGGACUUGAAACAGCAUCUUAAGCGCAGGAAUUUGCCAGUAUCCGGACCCAAACCGCAUCUUAUUGAGCGGCUGAAACCGUAUCUGCCAUUGGAGGCUCUCGACAGCAAUGUUACCCCCACACCGGCCGCCAACAGCAACAAUACCGCCACAGAGGUGAUCACCAUAAGUGAUGCCAUGGAUACCAGCAACUGUGGUCUGGUGGAGCAGCCCCCCCCAGUGACCAUGUUGGUUUCAGAUGCGGGCAUGGAGCACGAGCAGAUGGAUGUGGUACAGCAACAGCUGGACAAUACGCAUCCGAUGACGUUGCAGACCAUUCUGCCACCACAGCCGCAGACGGCUACCAUCAUCCUGACCAACGAGGAGCUGCUCAGGGAACAGCAGCGUAAGAUUGACGAGUUGCAGAGGCAACUGCAGCGAUCGCAACAGGAGCUGCAGAAGAUACGCCAGCGGCAACAGCAGCAGCAACAUCAGCAGCAGACGGUCACAGCCCAGGUGGUGAAUGCCUUGCCCUCCCAGCAGAUUACGCUGAUCACCACGACCUCGAAUGGGCCACAGCAAACGCUAACUGUAAUGCCGCAGCAAGUGGAGAAGAAUAUACCCGCCAAGGUGACGGUUAAAGCCAGUGGAGCUAGCAAUAACCACAAGGUAAAUGGGUUGCAACAGCAGGGAUCAGCAGCCAAGAAGCCAGCCGGAGGCAACUCGGGCAACAACAGCAACAUCUCGUCGUCUAAUCCACCGCCCAUCAACCAGAAAAUGGUGGUCAAGCAACAGCUGGAGGCUAAAAUCCAGAAGCAAAAGGCAGCGGCAGCAGCUGCCGCUCAGCAGCAACAGCAACAGCAGCAACAACAACAGCAGCAGCAGCAGCAGGCACUGCAGCAACAGCAACAACAGCAGCAACAGGUGCGCCUGCUCACGCAAAAGACACAAACUGUACUCAUUCCAUUCAACAACAACAACAAUCACAUAAACAACGCUCCUGCCAAGACAACAACCAAGAAAUCAAACGUGCCCGCCAGCAAUACAGCCACCACAACCAUAUUGCAGGCAGCCAAGCCGACGGCGGUAGCAACAGCAACAGCAUCGCCUGCCACCCAGCACCACAACAACUUGGGUCUGCUGUGGAACGAGGGCAAUCAGACCAUAUUCCUGGUGGGCUUGAAUGAUCAGCAUAUGACGGCGCACACGUUAGGCAAUAUCAGCUUGACGGCCACCACCACAACACCAGCAGCAGCAGCAGCACCUCCAUCAGCAACAGCAACUCCUGUUGCAACAUCAGCUGCGGCGCAGCCCAGGAAACUACUAAAUGGCCACCAACGCACAAACUCCCUGCCCAGCAUUGUGUUGCCCAUCGAAGCCAAGUCCAUCAUCACUCAGCAGCAGUUGCAGCAGCUGCAGCAGCAGCAACAACAGCAGCAAUUCCAGCCUGUCCAGCAGCAACUCAUCCAGGUGGACAUCAAGCCCUCGCCAGCUCCUCCGCCGCAAUAUGAAGAAGCUACUAAGCAGCUGGCAGCCAGUAAGGCGGCGGCUCUAAAUGGUCUCAUGCCGCUAGUGAAGAUUAAGGAAGAACCAGCGCAGUCGCCUGCUCCUGCGGCAGCUCCUCUGACACCAACAGCUCCGCUCAGCAAACGCAAGUCGGCGGGCAUCAAGUCCGAACAGGUCAGCGAUGUUCUGGACAUACUUAUCAAGCAGGGUGAACUGCCAGAAAGUGCCGCUCUGGAGCCUAUUACUCCGCUAACGCCGCUGCCGGAGUUGUCUAUGUUCAAUGGAGCCGCCCCCGCCACGGCGGCAGGUGGAGCCAGCAUAGUGCCACUGGUGCCCAAGCUGGAGGCACCAGCCACGCCUGUCCAAACUCUUGACAUAGCCAUGGACACGAAUGAAGCGCACGUGAGCUUUGCCAGUACUCAGCCAACGAAUCAUGGAUUCAUCGAGAACAUAGACAUGGCUUCGCCCCUGCAGACGGAUUCAAAUGCCAUAGAUGCAGAGAGUGUGGCUAAGACUUUGGACAUUUUCCUGGAGCAACAUCAUGCCACACCCCCGCCGAGCACACCGCCCAAGAGCUGUCACAGCGGCAGCGAGAAGCCCAACAGUCCGGAUGCCAAGCUCAAUCACUUUGACGAGUACGAGUUGCUGGAGCUUAUGUCGCAGCAACUAGAGAUGGACAUGGGAGAUGACUCCAGCGGCUAUUGCCACACCUCGGCGACCAAGAGCAGCAGCAACAACAACGGCAACCUGCGACGCGAUCUCAAUCCCAGCCUGCAGCCCUCCAUCAAUGAGCUGCUGGAUGCCAGCAGUCCCGACAGCGUGCUGCUGAACAACAAUCCGGGUGCCGAUGUGGACUUUGAUGCAGAUAGCUUUGUGGCCCAGCUGACUCAGCAUGUGGCAGGCAAUGGCAAUAGUCCCGGGGUCAAUUGCAAUGGAUCCAUAGAAUCCUCGUCGUCGGCGGUGAAUGGUCACUUCAGCAGCCACAGCACUCCAAUGGAUUGCGAUGAUUUCGAGAGCACACUCAACUCCUUCAUGCAGGCGGUGACACAACCGCAGGCGGGUCAACAUAACGAAUUCACGACGUCGACGAGCAUGGCCAAUGGCACCGGAGCAGGAAUGGGCGUGGACAAUGGAGGCGGCGGUGGUGCAGUGGACGCGUUCAAUGCCAGCGGCGAUAUUUUCGAUCUGUUCAACAUGGACGACUACAAGAUGAAUUGGGCAGCGGGAGACUUUACGGUCUAGGUGGUUUAUGUUUUCAUUUAACCUCCGAAGGAAGGCAGAGCAGAAUUUAACAAAAAAAAAAAACACAUCUAUAUAUUUCCCCAACUUUGUUCCGUAUCGAAAAAGAAAAAACAAAAACAAACACACAAUCCAGCGUGGUGCUCACUUUUCUCAAAAUAUUCCUGAAGAAUUCGUUUCGAAGAAAGCAAACACACACAAAACAAAUCCUAUUUAUUUUCUAAAUGCAUUUAAAACAUUUGAACGUCAGUUGAAAUUUCGAAACUUUACUAUUUCCAAGAAAACAAAAACAAAAAGCAAAAAACAAAAAGCAAAAAGCAAAAACAAUGCCAAAAUUGCCGGGAGUGACACUCCAACAACCAUACUUUUGCACCCUUUCCUAUAUAAGCAAGAAAAAGAAAAACCACAAAAAACAGCCAACACAUUUAGAAAAGGAUAACAAGUAAAACUUAUCAUAAACUAUCAUUAAAGAGUAAGCCUAAAAUGUUGUAAAGAUCGAUAAAGAGAGAAAACACGAGAGAAAAAACAAAAGUACAUGUUUCUAAUGAAGGUCAUUCCAAUUUGAGAAUAAUGCGAGUGAAAUCUAACUAACUAAACCGAAUGGAAGGAGAAGAAGAAUGAAUGAGUUGAGUCCGGGAUGAAGAUCAGGAUCAGGAUGAGGAUCAGGAUCUGAAAAUUUAGAUGAGAGAAAGCGGCAAAGGAAAAGAGAAAAUAAGCUUAACAGUAAAAAAAAUCUAUAAAAAAUCGUAAAAAAAUUAUAUUCUUGUUGUGAGAACGACUUAAGUGAAACACAUUCAGUAAUUUUGUUUUAAGUUCUAUUUAAAAUGAAAUGAAUUAAAUUAUUUAAAGCCUAUGCAGUGCUUACUUCUAAUUUUAAAGCGAAACUAAAUUAAAUAUUUUAAAAACACAAUUUGAGAAGUAUUUCCUGCAAGGAAAGAAAAAGCCUUUAAAGUAGUCAAAGCCACAAAACCAGUUAAAUGCAAAUUUAAGCUCGGAUCAAUUUCAUUUUAAAUGCUAGUAAAAAUAUAUUAUAUAUUCAUAUUUCUUUUUGUUUUGCAUUCUUAGGCACAGCGAAUUCCGUUACUUAAAUUAAUUCUAAACAAAAUAUAUAUAUAUUAAAAGCAUUAAAUUUAGCUACUUCGUAAAGCAAUUCAAUCCUGCGGCGUGUACUUAACGCACAUUUUGUAACCACUUUGUUCAUCUUUCGUAUUCGGCAAAACAUACUAUAUAUUUGGCUAAGUGUAUUUUGUAAAUGAGAACAUGAGAGCAUGCCAAGCAUUCGGACAUAUUUUUGAGUGUAGGGCUCAAUAAAAUCAAAUUAAACUGUAAACUGGAAUAACUAAUGAUUAAGCGAAAGGAAACAUUUCAUUAGGAAAGGAAAGGACUAGAGAGCAAACUAAAAACCCAAUUUAAAAUUGCAAAAUGUGAAGAACUCAAUACACCAAUAAAUAUAUUUUUGUAUAAGCAAAUUAUAUAUAUAUAUACGCUACGUUUAGAUCUAGUCUAAAAUUCACACAUUUCACAUUUCACCCGCAGAGCAAAAGUUAAUCAUCACUUGACACUCGUUUACAUUUGCAAUAAUCUGAUUUAAACCUCGAUUUUAAGCCUAAAGUAUAUUUAUCAUCGACGACGCGCUUUAAACACAAAUGAGAAACGUUUCCAUUAUAACAAUUCAUAUAUUAAUUAAUUAAUUUAAUGAAUACGUUUAUUGUUAGUAUCAAACUUAAUUACCAUAACUAAGCUUAUUGUUUGAUUAAUUCUAAAUUUAAUUACCUAAAUAUCUAAUUUAAUAUGUUGGCUUGAACAAUUUUUGUGCGUUGCGUUUAAAAGAGAUUUCAUUUAAAUACAAUACAGAAUAAACUCAAUCACGUCAUGAA